UAAAAUCCACGAGGAAGAACUCAAAGAAGCAACAUGGCGGCCCGCAUAAGGCUGCCCUUGCUGCUCUCUAGAAGUUUUCCUCCACUUAGAUCCCUGAAAUAUGUCCACACCGAAGCAGCUGCGAAGGAGCCUCAGUAUCCGCCCAUAGUCGCCUCUCUGACGGCUAAAAGCAAAUCCGCCCGGCUGCGGCAGAACGAGGAGCGCAUUAAAAUGAUCUCCUCCUCUCCUGUGGAGGAGAAGCUGUCCCUCAUCACUCACAUCCAGCGGAUGAAAUUUGUCGUCUACCCUCAGACAUUCUCACGAAACCCGGACAGCUGGUACCAGCACUUCACCAAAACCGCGUACAUCCCGGGCCUUCCGGAGAAGUUCAACCCGGGUACGGAGGGCUCCCAGUCGGCCGCGGAUCAACCGGCUGCCCCUGAGAUCGACGAGGCUGCGUUCAAUGAAAUCCGAGAUCUGGUCACCCGUGUGAUUUUACACGAGCACUGGCACAAGAUGAGGAAGCGCAAACCUUUUCUGUACAAACACCAGGAGCAGGUGGUCGGUCCCUUCCUGAAGACCCUGGUUUCUGAUCUCACCCACAGCCUGGCCAAAUACAACCCGCUGCUGCGGCUCUCCAGUCUGGAUCUCAGUCCACAGGUGAACUUUUAUUGGAGGAGGGGAAAAAGAAUAAUCCCGAGAGGCCACCGCAGAGGCCGACAGGAGCCAAUCAGGUUUCAGAUCGAUGACCAUCCCCACAGCCAGAUCAGAAUACCUCAGCAGCUACCGCAGUUUGCUCCACUGGAAGCGUCUUACACAGCUGAGGUCCCAGAAAUCCACCUUGCCCCCAACGUGAUGCCUCUGUUCAGAAGGCAAUAUGACAACAACAUCUUCACAGGAGCGAAGCUGCCAGACCCAGCCUGCUACGGUCACACUCAGUUCCAUCUGGUACCGGACCGAUACCACAGAGACCGGCUGGCUCGGCAGCAGCAUUCGGACCAGGUGGAGCCCUUCCUCCGAGCCAAUGCCGCCGCCAGCCUGUUUGCCUGGACUGGCGCUCAGGCCAUGUACCAAGGUUUCUGGGACUACCAGGACGUCUCCAGACCCUUUGUGUCGCAGGCCGUCAUCACAGACGGACAUUUCUUCUCCUUCUUCUGCUACCAGCUCAACACUCUGGCUCUGUCCGUGGAAACGGACGCCAACAACCCCAGGAAGAACCUGCUGUGGGGCACAGAGAGCCUGCGUCUCUACGAGGGCGUGCAGGACGGCGCGGUGGUGGGGCUGGACGACGGCGUCCUCAGGCUUCUGGUUCAGUUCCUCAUGAACCGGCCUCACAGCUGAACGGGACACAAACAUGCAGGAAGCUGCUUUUUUGUCACUAAAGCUGAAAAAUUUGGUUUACGGUUGUUUAAUCAGCCAAACUAUAAACAGACUGAAUGCAGAUUCAGGCUUAAGAUGGAGAUUCUGAACAAUCAGAAGCUUCUCUCAAUAAUACAGUUGUUUCAUUUAUUCUUGUUACUUUGGCAUGUGAAGCUGAUAACUAUGACUGCGUGUCUCGGUUAUUGAAGAUGGGAAUAAAAAGGAAUAAAUUUCCACCAAAAAACUCAGAACUUCUAAUAUUAAUCUGAGAAAUCUUUUAGAAAAUACAAGAUUUCUGAGCUUCAAAAAUUGAAAAUUUGCAAGAAUUAUUAUUUUUUUUUAAAUAUUUGAACUCCAAAGUUUGAGAGAAAAAAACCUCAGAAAUAUUGAGAUUAUUUUCACAAAAAAAGAAAAAAACUUGAGCAUUCCUGAGUACAAAAUGUUGACUUUUGAAACUCUGAAAGAUUUUCAACUUUAUGAGUUUCAAAGAUAUCAAGUUUUUUUCUAAAAAAAAUACACAAAAUGUAUCUCAAAAUUUUAGGGUUUUUCCCUCAAAUUUUCAACUUUUGGAGCUAAAAAUGUCCAAGUUUUUUUUUCUAGAAAAUUUCUGAGAUUAAUCUCAGAAUGUCUUUUUUUUUGGCAGAAAUUUAAAUAAUUUUUAAAUCUACAACUGCCCUAAUAUGCCAUUGUACAAAGCCGCUGUAAGGAGGGGCCACCAAAUGUUCCCAUUUCAGCUUGUAGAGAAAAUGUAACUUACUGCAAAAAAGUCAAUAAAACAUCUGCUACCCUUUGAUUGCA